AUGUUGUACGUCGUGGUUCUGCUAUCUUUUGCCACGAUCGCUCAUUCCCAAAUGGUUCGGCAAUGCACAUGCCAGGAAUUCGAGCCGUGUAAAAAUACAGCGGCCGGGAACAUUAUGCAGUGUGCUGACCAAUGCCAGGGCCAAAUAACCUCACUAGGUGCCUCGUAUCCAGCCUUGAGAGGUUGUCUAAUGUCAAAGCAAGCAAUGCUCAACUCUGCUAUCGGCUGCCAAACCCAACAGUUAGCCGGAGCAUGUGCGGCAGGUGGAGGUGGAAUGGUUCCAAAACGGUACCCAGAAACAUUGAAGUUAGCCGCUUACGCUGAGAUAAAUUCCAUGCUAGCUAGAUCGGGCAUCCAGGCAGAGGCAAAAGGUUACUUAGCAGCCGGUAAGAAGUUCGCCACCUGCAUCAUGAAAUGCAUGGAACGUGGUUCGGGCAACUGUUUCAAAAAACUUGGGUGCGGUUUGGCUCUUCCUCCCGACAACGUCCUGGUUCAGUCCUCUAAACAGUGCGCCAUGCGCAGCGGUUUUAACACCAACGGAGUGCGUGAUCUGUGCCAAUGUAUUGCUGGUGCUGGCGUCAGAGGUCUCGCUCCACUUUGCGCAAGAAUCCAGAUCUCAUAA